AAAGUCUAAAGAAGGAAAAGGACGAGGUGCUUGUGCUUUAAUCCAUAAGGGAAGCCCAAGGUAGGAGCUGCGCUUCAGGCUGGCUUUUGUCUCUUCCCUGUUGUUUCAAGUAAGAGGGAUGGCAGGCAGCUGGAGGCAGGCAUUGGUGCCACCUCCAGAGAAGGAACAGAUGAAGGUGCAGUGUGUUGACUUGCCUAGCAUUUGGGUAGGAGAUGCCAGUUGUUUUGGAAGGAGAACCUGUUAGGUGAGUGGGUCUGAUUUCAAUCUUGAUAAAUGGAGCAGCAUGCCAGCGUGUUAGAAACGAGUAGACUCCAUGAAUGGAUUAAAGCUUCAGAUACUGUCUGCUAUCACUUGGGACGUCAUCCAUGCUUUUCACCUGCAAUAUGGAGCCUCUGUUUGGGUUUUUGCUGGGUUUGAUUCUGGCAGUAGCUUCAUCAGCACAGAACUGUAUCUGUGCAACCAACAAGUGGAUGGUAUGUGCCCAGGAUGCCUUUGGGAACUGCACCUGCAUGCUGGUGGGUUCAAAUCACAGGGUGGACUGCUCAAUGCUGACUUCAAAAUGCUUGCUGAUGAAGGCAGAAAUGGUCCCCAUGAAGGAGAAGCGCUUUCGGGGCCGUCCCCGUGGGCUGUUAGACAACGAUAGCAUUUACAAUCCAGACUGCGAGGAGAGUGGUAUCUUCAAAGCCAGGCAGUGCACUCAAACCGAUACGUGCUGGUGUGUGAACACUGCUGGAGUAAGAAGAACUGAAAAGGGUGGCAAAAGCCUGAAUUGCGGUGAACUGGUUAGAACAAGCUGGAUCUACAUUGAGCUGAAGCACAAAAAAAGGUCCAGUGCCCUUGAUGUUCCUGAUGUAGCAAAAGUCCUGAAACAUCUGUUUGAGAGCCGAUACAAACUGCACCCCAAGUACAUUGCAGCCGUUAAGUAUGAUUCCCCACUUACCCAAAUCUGCCUGAACCAGAAUGGCUCUGAGAAAUCUAGGUAUGAUGUAGAUACAGCUGAUGUAGCCUGUUACUUUGAAAAAGAUAUGAAAGAUGAGUCCAUAUUUCAUUCUAACAGUACAUUAACUGUUGCUGGCAAUGGACAUGCUCUUGAUAUUGAAAAAAUAAGGAUUUACUAUCUUGAUGAAAAGCCACCGGAGUUUUGCAUGAAACAACUGGUUGCUGGCAUCAGUGCUGUGGUGACAGUAGUGGUACUGACUGCUGGCCUGGGCAUCGCUGUGCUGGUUAUUCUGAGGUGGCUGCGGACAAGAGAAUAUGAGAAAGCUGAGAUUAAAGAAAUGGGUGAAAUAAGAGCACCAAGCUGAAAAAAGAAAGGCAACAACAGGAAGGAAAAAGAAAAAAGCACAAGAUACAAAUGGCAAAGAGACUCGGGUGGAUGUGGAUGGAUUUGGAGAGGGUUUUUUCCUUUUUUGAGGAAUUUAUACAGUGAUUGUUGUAAUUAUUCUAGUUUACUAAGAAUGACUUUUUUGGGGUAUAAACUAAUUUAGGAGUCAGUUACCUAAACAUUUUAAAUGAGUCCCAAUGUAGAGGCUAAGAAAACUGUUACAGCUGUCUAUUUAGCGUAACAGAACGCUUUCACUAGUACUGCAGAUCUGGUUCAGCUUGCUUAAAUACUCUGAGUGGUUCUUGUUAUAUCUACUUACUGAAAUUCAAAUACUUGCCUUGACAUAAUUGGGUUAUAUAGCUGCUUUUCUGUUGGUAAAGACUUUUUUUUUUUUAAAUGAGGGGUUUUAAAAGUUGAUGGAACUUCUUAAUCAACAAGUAAUUUCAUAAAUAUUACUAAAUAACAUAAGGUUUUGAUAAGAUACUCUAUAGCACCGGAGGCUUUUAUACUGAGUCAUUUGUUAGGAAGCAUUCCUGUGGUUGCUUCCAGGUGCAGAGAUCCUGAAUUUCUGAGUUUGUAUUCAGGCAGUGCAGUGAGUUAUUCCCACUUGUGCUCUUUAACAAGGGUCUGACACUCCUAGUCAGCAAAGAUCCCUUGAUCCCAGCGCAAGUGUAAGUUAACCUUGGUGUUCUGCCCAAAUUCAAACUCUGGUAAUAGCUUUCUGUCUACCUAAAUUCCCCUUGCAAUUUUAAUGGGAGGAGAUAUUUUUCAGUGUUGUACAGCUUCACAGAAAUACUACACAAUGCUUCAGGACAGAUGAAAAAGAGCUUUAUUCUAGUAGAGCUGCGGGGGGAAUUUAAGAGCAGAGUGUAAUUACUGAAGUUGGAAUUUGGCCAAGACACUAGACCUGGACUUCUUUGCUACCUACUCAUCUGCUACAUUCCUUGUUUGGGAGGUCAUAUCCACCAUGAAGGACUUUUUAAAGAAAAUAAGGCUAGUUGUUAAAUGUUGAAAUAUUGGCGGUUAUAUUCUCUGUACACUGUAUGGAUGUCUGAAGUCCCAUCAGUCUGAUCUGCUUACGUUCAAAA